GGGUAUGUUCUUCAACUGCUGGUAUUUUUUUUGAUUUUCUGUGAAUCAGUAGUGCAUUAUGAUCUUCUGAUUAGUAGAUAGAUUCUCUGUAUGUGAUUCUGUUGAUAUUCUUCUGUUUCUUGAAUUUCUUCGUGGAAUUUUUUUUCUAGUUUGAUUGCAAAAUUCUGUUGAUAAUCUGCUGCUAUUUUUUUUUCUUCAAUCAAAUCCUAAAAUCAUCUCAUCUCAUCUAAAUCUUCUUUUUCCUCAAAUCAAAUCCUUCAUCAAACACUUUCAGUUUUAUUUCUUUUAUUCUAAGAAAAUCUCAAUCUCAAAAAAAAUCAGUCAUGACAACUCUACAACCUAAUCAAGAUCCAGCUAGUCCAUUUUAUUUGCAUCCAACAGAUAACACUGCAAGUCAGUUAGUCUCAGUGAAAUUUAAAGGAGAAGGCUAUGGUGAUUGGAGGAGAAGUAUGAUGAUCUCUAUGUCAUCAAAGAACAAGCUAGGUUUUGUGAAUGGAACACUAGCUAAACCUGAUGUAACAGCUGACACUUAUCAGGCUUGGAUGAGAUGCAAUGACAUGAUGAUUUCAUGGAUACUGUUUAAUCUGGACACAAACAUUGCCAAAAGUGUGUUAUACUUUAACACAGCUAGAGAGAUUUGGCUAGACCUGGAAGAAAGAUUUGGAUACGUUUCUGGUCCACAGUUGUUUUCUCUUGAACAACAAGCUGCAGAAAUCACACAAGGAGGACAGAACAUUGCUGAAUUUUUCACAGAGAUUAAGUCUAUUUGGGACAAGAUAAGUGCUGCUAAUCCUCUGCCAUCAUGUACUUGCAACCAAUGUACAUGUAACUUGACUCAAAAGAUCUUCAAGAUGCAGCAAGACCAAAGGCUGAUGCAAUUCUUAAUGAAAUUAGGGGAACAUUUAAGCACUGCAAGGGGAAAUUUGUUGAUGAUGCAACCUUUGCCCACCAUCACUCAUGCUUAUAGGAUGUUGGCUCAAGAAGAAAGACAAAGAGAGAUCAGUGCUCCCAUGCAACAUACAGAGAAUCAUGAUUUCAUAGCAGAUAGAAGGAGGUAUAAUGACUUACAAGGAAGAAACAAUCCUUACAAAACUGGAUACAAGAACACUUAUCAGUAUGGUGGAAACAGAACUGGAUACAAGAAACCAUUUACAUAUUAUUGUGAUCAUUGCAAGGUCAAUGGACAUAGUACAGAAAGGUGUUUUAAGUUGCAUGGAUAUCCUCCAGGUUUCACUGGUUUUAAGAGUGACAAAAGAACAGCAGCAGCAGCUUACUUUGAUGAACCAUAUGGGGAUGAUAUGACAGAGUAUCAACCACAGUUCCAAGAAACUGACAGGGAACAACAACCAGGAUUUCUUACAGCUGAUCAGUGCACUCAGUUGUUAAGUUUGUUAACCAAACAACAGAAUGAGAAGAGUUCCACAGAUACACAGAAUGAUGAAGGAGAGGCUUCUGGCCAUGCAUUUAUGGCAGGGCCAUUUAAUGAAAAGGCCACAGGUUCUUGGUAGUGUGAGAUCAGGUCUGUACAGUGUGGACACAAGCAAAGAAGAUCCAGUUGUAACAAGUUCAACACAAUGUCUUUCAGCCACUGCAGAGUCAACAAAUGUGAAGAUAUGGCACCUUAGACUUGGUCAUAUGCCAUUUCUUAAGAUGAAACUUGUAGUGGAUAAUCUAGCUACUACCUGUAAUAAUGACAGUAUAUGUCAGAUAUGUCCAGCUGCAAAGCAACCUAGAAAUUCUUUUCCUGUAAGCAGUAUUAAGACUAAGAGAAGGUUUCAGAUGAUACAUCUGGACACUUGGGGUCCAUAUAAGAAUAAAACUCACAAUGGUUGUACUAUGUUCCUCACUAUAGUGGAUGAUUUUACUAGAACUACAUGGACACACCUUCUGAAAUCAAAGAAUGAUGCUGUAACUGUGAUUGAUUCGUUUCUAAAAAUGGUUGAAACACAGUUUGAUAGCAAGGUACUUUGUGUCAGAUCUGAUAAUGCUUUAGAAUUGUGUGAAGGAGAGAUGAAAAAUUUAUUGCUCAGUAAGGGAAUUCUUCAUCAGACUAGCUGUAGUGGCACUCCACAGCAGAAUGGAGUUGUGGAAAGAAAACACAGGCAUUUGCUAGAAACAGCUAGGGCAUUGCACUUUCAGUCAAAGCUACCAAUACAGUACUGGGGAGAAUGCAUACUAUGUGCCACUUAUUUGAUUAACAGAAUGCCUUUGAAGAGUAUUGACAAUAUGACACCCUAUGAAAAAUUGCAUGGACACAAACCUCCUUAUGCACACUUGAGAGCAUUUGGAUGUCUCUGCUAUGCAUCUACUUCUAAAGUCAACAGAACCAAAUUUGAUAAAAGAGCAACUGCAUGUGUGUUCAUUGGAUAUUCACCUUCACAGAAGGGAUACAAGAUUCUUGAUCCACAGUCCAAGAAAAUAAGCAUUUCCAGGGAUGUUACUUUUUCUGAAACACAUUUUCCCUUUCACCAUCUUCCAGAUUCUCAUUCUGGAACCAACUCUUUACCUCCAUAUAUUUUUCUUCCCAAACACACACCACUUCUUCCUGAUCCAGACCUAAAUUCACCUUUUCUUCCCCACUUACCACAUUCAUCUUCUUCUUCCUCUACUCACCAUAGUGAUUCACCAUCUUCUGCUACUCCCUCUACUUCUACUACUUCUUCUGCUCCUCAUCAAAAUUCACCAUCUUCCACUCCUCUUCACUCAUCUACUUCUUCUUCUUCUUUCCAUUCUCCAAACUUCA